AUGUCUUUCAAUCAACCAGACAUCCCAUUGAAAAUAACCGUCAUUGGCGCUGGUAUGGCCGGUCUCUCAUCGGCAAUAGCACUCUCAGACAUAAACCCCGACCACCAGAUUACAGUCCUAGAAUCCAACGCCUCCCUCAGCGAGCUUGGCGCUGGACUGCAACUCUUCCCAAACAGCACUCGCAUCCUACACAAAUGGGGCCUAACCCCAUCCCUGGAAAAAGUCGCCUUCCAAUCCUCCCACAUAUCCGUCCGCCGCUGGAAAGAUAAUACCGAACUAGCCUUCAACAUGAACAAUCCUACUAGCACAUGGCUCUACGGCUGGCCCCAAUUGCAGAUCUACCGACCAGACCUGCAGCAAGCACUCUUCGAGCGUGUACAACAACUGCACAACGUGUCCGUUUUAUUCGGCAAGUCCGUUGUACACGUGGACCACGAGACGGGCACUGUCCAUAUGUCAGACGAUGAGAUCUUCGAGGCGGAUCUCACAGUUGCAGCUGAUGGGAUCUGGUCCCGGACCAGGCGAUGCCUGCCGGCGUCGAAGGAUGUGGCCCCCACCCCAUAUCGGGAACAUAACUACCGCGCUGUGAUUCCGCGGUUACGGAUGCUCUCUAAUCCUAUUACUGCGCCGCUUAUGGCUUCCCCGGAGGCGAAGUCGUGGGUAGGGCCCGGCGCUUUUGUGUUGGGGUAUACGGUUGCCUCGAGCGAGUUGUAUAAUCUUGUUAUCGGUGUCCCACGACCGAGCGAAGGGAUGCCCCUGGGGUCGUGGAAUCACCCUGCCGAUGUUGAGAAGAUGCGCGGGCUUGUGUCAGAGUGGUGUGAGGAAGUGCGAGCAUUGGCCUCCCUCGUUCAAGAGGGGGAAUGCGUUUCCUGGACAUUAGGUGAGGUCGCUCCUAUUCCCAGCUAUGUCAGUACGUCUGGGAGAGUAGCGCUGGUUGGGGACGCGGCGCAUGCUCUUCUUCCUCAUGCUGCGCAGGGGGCGGGAAUGGCGAUUGAGGAUGCGGCGAGUCUGGCGGAGUUUGUUGGAUAUUUGAGGUCGACGGAAGAUCUGCCGAAGGUGAUGAGUGCGUGGAGCCGGUUUAGACAGGCUCGCGUGGAGCACUUGCGCAGCAUCAGCCGUGGCAAUGCCAGUGAUAUGACUCUUCCGGAUGGCGAAUGUCAGAUCGCGCGAGAUGUGAAAUGGAAAGCUAUUCGCGAUAUGCAGCGGGCGCAGUUGGCCGAGCUUGGACUUGAGAAGGUUAGAGAGAAGGUAAUCAGGGAGAGACCGGCGCCUGAUCUAGCUUGUAAAAGCACGUUUGAGCCCGGUGGUAGAAUGUGGGUCAAUGGGUUUGAUGUGAGUGAGGAGAGUCGGAAGUUCUGUCGCGAACAUCUUGGACUUGAAUUGUCCCGCAAACUCUAA